AUGGCACCUCCAACUCUAGUUCAUUCCCGUGCAGAGAUCUGGAAUCGGUAUAGAGAACAGUUUUCUGAUCCAGAAAAGUAUCAAUGCCAUCUCAAAAGCAUUACUCAACAUGAAUGUACAUUUCAAGUUUCAAAGAAUAAACCUCCUGAGAUUAUUUGUCUUCCAUUUAAACGAAUCUUUCAAAGAUGUUUGGAAAAUACUAUCACCAAGGAUAAAUCUGGUAAUAAGAUUAAAAGUCAAAAAUGGGUCAAUUUUGAAGUCACCGACGAAUCAACUAAUCAAGAUUUAAUGAGUGAGGAAAAAUAUGGGAAAGAUGUCAAUGACUUUUUAAGUGCUGAAAAGGAACUUCGAAAGUUAAUGGAAGGAGAAUUACAGUGA